CUUCCCGUUGCAUUGCGCCGACAUCAAUACCCACUUUCACCGCCUGCCCUAAAGCCCAUCGAGGGCAUUGCACGUUGCUAUGGCUCCGUUUCGGAACAGGGAUCGGUCCAACAGGUCAGGACGCGGUCAGAUAGAGCACAAUGUGCUGGAAGGACUGCCCAUUAGUCAGUAUCGGGAAGCCGAAAUCACCAUUGAACCAAACUCGGCCGACAACAAGCCUUUGGACAAGGAUGCUUGGCCCGAGCUGCCCAUGCCUCGAGAUUCUCACAUGUUGCCUGAGCAUUCUCAACAAUUGCUGCGGGCAGCACGCUCCGGGAAGCUGUACAAGCCACCGGCCCCUCCAGAAGACGACAACGAGAUGAAAGAUGAAGAAGAAGAGACCAAAGAGAUCCGUACCGGUUUCACUAUCAAGAAGUACGUCAAAGUUGCACGGCAUCUAGAAGUUUCGGAACCAGAGUAUCUCGCAAAGAGAAGGAAAGGUCUACCAUCACCAUACGUCAAUGGUCAGGUUGCACAACCUGCGUUGCGGGAGACCAAAGUGAAAAAGCUUGAUGCAGAUGGUAACGUGGCUGUUUACAAGGUGCUUGUACCAGAAGGACAGGCUGUAGAAGGCGAAGUCCAGCCUACGGAUGCUGCAAUUGAAGUUGCGCCAGCUACUGCGGCACCGGGAACAAUUGUCGAGGGAGUCGGUGUUGUGAAUGCGGAAGGUGUCGUCGUAGCUAACGACAUCCUACAACAAACGCCACCUCGGCGGAGGCCGCCACCUCCCAAGAAGAAGGUCAAACGUGGAGGCCCAGGCAGAGGCAAGAAGAAGGUCGUCUUUGUCGAAGGAGCAGAGCAAGGGACGCCAGCAUCGACUGUCGGCGGUGACAUGCUGGGUGUACCAGGCGUGAAACAAGAGGACGGAUCGGUAGCUCCAUCAGAUGGAGGUGAUACGCCAAUGGCAGACGCCGGUGGCGAGGAAGAAGAGGGUUCUGGCGAGGAGGGCUCGGAAGAUGAAGAUCAAGACAUGGAGCAUACUUCCAACCCGGCGACUCCUCAGACAUCCUCUGUAGCCCCACCCAGUGCUCCAGCGACCGAAGCCUCCAACCCUACGGACGCUACGUUAACAGAGAGCACCGUACUAGCAAGCCAUCCGCCGUCGGCUUCCAACGAGCCCUCUCAAGAUACCGCAACGAUCGAGAGGACCGCAAUCGAAACCGCUCCACCCGACACGUCUCCGCAGACGCCGAAACGUGACCAGUCCAGCUCACCUGAUCUGCCGCUUUCUGCCGUCUCCCAUAGUCGCCAGAACUCCAUGAACCAGAUUUCGACUCCUACUACUACCACAGAAGCCAUCGUUCCCGAGGAUGCUCCAAGCGAGAUUCCAGCCCCAGCUCCAUCUGUGGAAGUGGAUGCGGCACCAGCGCCUGUGGUCAUCCCGGAGCCUCAGCCUGAGCCUGUAGUCGAGGCUGAACCCAAACUUGAGGCUGAACCUAUGCAAUCUCUACCGGCUGCUCCUUCUGCACCAACUUCGGAACCAGACCUCAUGGGAAGUCUAGAGAGGCAGCUUGAGGAACACGACAAGGACAUGGCAGAGUCAUAGAAUGGCCAAGCCCAAUCCUCUCUUCCCCUAAGAGUGUGUUUCACAUGCUGUAUAUUGGAAGGCAUGAAUUGCGCACCUUUUGACGCAGCCAUCGGUUAUUGUCGCCACAUGCAAGGAGUUCGAGAUGCACGCAUUUCUUGGUUCAGAAGAAGGGUUUCGUUUGGCGUUAUGCACAUCAUUGUAUCAUUAUCAUCCAACGUAUCACUUUUCAGCUUACUCACAUCAAUAAACGCACUAUCCACUCACGACCCGUCUUAUCGGACUCGUACUGUCUUGUGCUGCCGCCGGCGGUAUCGGCGUCGG